GAAUAACCGCCGGUUCAAUACAACGUCAUAAAUCAGAUUCCCAAAUUUGAUUUUAACCAACCGAGAACCGACCAACUCUGAGAAUCACGCAGAGAUGCGACACUCUCUGCAUAUAUCAUCCAAAAUUUUCAAAUUAAACAAAACAAAAUUUCAUCUUGAUUUGAGCGCAGGCAGCAGGAAUCAAUCAAUCAAUUAAGCGUGAUCGGCACAGCUCACCGAUAAACAAGGAUUCAUCAGUCAAGAAAAAUCACGCAACGAUGGCGAAACGCUUUGGAUGUGGAUUUUUGGUCUCGUGGCUCCGUAGAAAAAUUGUGGACCCUCUUCACCAAAUCCUUCGCCGGGGAGCCGAGCCCAAGCAGCUCGCAUUCUCAGCUGCGCUGGGAAUCACUCUAGGGAUCUUUCCCAUCUGUGGGGUUACUGUGUUUUUAUGCGGGUUAGCUAUUGCGGUGCUUGGAUCCCAUUGCCAUGCUCCAACUGUAAUGCUGACUAACUUUAUUGCUACUCCUAUUGAGUUGAGUUUGAUGAUCCCCUUUCUACGAUUUGGUGAAUUCAUUACUGGUGGACCUCCUUUCGCUUUAACUUCUGAUGCUCUUAAGAAAGUCAUCACCGGAAAAGCUUCAUGGGAAGUCCUGCAUAGCAUUUUCAUUACUGGUGGACCUCCUUUCGCUUUAACGAAUCAGGACGUAUGAUUAAAGAAUCAACGGUACGCCAUCGCCAUUGGACACACCUUAGAUAUAACUGUUUCAAAGCUUUUUUUGUACAGGCUACUAGCAUGUAAAUGUUGUACCCUAAAUUCUAUUUUUUUUCUAGUUUCUUUGUCAUGUUGCUCUUGCAAGGCAUCGUGUAUCAGACUUUCACAGUAUUAUAAAAACGAUAAUUUAAUUUAAUUUUUAA